AUGAACUGUGAGCUUUAUGAAUUUGUGCUUCAUUUAUUCAGAAGCGUCGCAGGUUCUGUGGAGCUCCUACAGUUUCACCAAUCCACAGCUGCCCCUCCGCAAAUCAGGAACGUGAAAUGCCUGCACUGCCAAACGCCAGCGGACCAGCUGCAUUUGCCUAGCGCCUUCCGCUGGACGCCUCCAAAGUGCCUCGCGGUCUCCCCCGGGGAGGAGCGAGUGGCGAGGGCCAUCGACCUGAUCGACCUGGUGACCGGCGUCAAGGACUUCGCCUACGAUGGGCCCCUGCCGCCCGUCCGGAUCUUCGUGGCCCAGCCCCCGGACCUCCCCCUCCGGCCUGCUCCCAGGAUGACCGGCGGUCCGGCUCCCUCCUCCGGCCGCCCCAAGCGCAAGGUGGCGCUGAAGGCGGGCAAGAGCAAGAAGAUCUUCGGCUGGGGUGACUUCUACAUGAACGUCCGGACCCUCAAGUUCAGCCUCCUGGUGACCGGCAAGAUCGUGGACCACGUCAACGGCACCUUCAGCGUCUACUUCCGGCACAACUCAUCCAGCCUGGGCAACGUGUCGGUCAGCAUUGUCCCACCCAGCCGGCUGGUGGGCUUCAACCUGCUGCAACCCCAGCAGCAGACGACGGCCACUCUGGCAGAACCCAAGGACUCCCGGCUCUUCAACUGCCGGGUGGAGUACGAGAAGACCAACCGAGCUAAGAAGAAUCGGCCGUGCCUCUAUGACCCAUCGCAGGUCUGCUUCACCGAGCACACGCAGAGUCACGCCGCCUGGCGCUGCUCCAAACCCUUCAAGGUCAUCUGCAUCUUCCUAGCGUUCUACAGCACGGACUACAAACUGGUGCAGAAGGUCUGCCCAGAUUACAACUUCCACAACGACCUGCCCUACUUCGGCUGA